ACCCUUUCUCUCUGGAUCCCUCCCCUCCAGUCCGGAGACCAACCAGAUCCUGAGAUCCACUGCGGGGCAACACAAACCGAGAGGUGGAUCCGACGCCGCUUUUCCCCCGUGGGAGCAAAGCAGGAAUGUGCCCAGAAUGUUGCCAGAGUGCUGUUGGGCCCAAAACUCUGAUACAACCUGUCUUCUAAGAACAACAGUUGGAUUGUGGUCAAUCUGGGAGUUGAUGUUCUCCAACAAGCAAAGUUAGAAAAACCAUGUGCAAUAUGUCAAAUGAAAGAAUAUCAGUCACCAAUAUUUUUCUUCAAUCUUUUAUCUUGUCAAUAACCGUCUGCACGAAUGUCCAAACAUCUGUGGAAAAUGGUUUGACAGCAAAUUUUUCCAACAGAUUUUUAGCAACUGUUCCUAAAAAUGUGCCAGCUCUGACAACUAUACUGGAUUUGUCACAUAACAGUAUCUCUGAAAUUCAGAUGUCUGACUUCAGAUCUCUUUCCAAGAUCAAGAUCCUUAAUCUGUCUCAUAACCUCAUCAGACAGCUUGACUUCAGUGUUUUCCAAUACAACGAAGACUUGGAACAUCUAGAUCUGUCCCACAACAUUUUGCAGACUGUUUCUUGCUAUGCGGUCAGAAGUCUCAGAUAUCUAGAUCUCUCUUACAAUAACUAUUCCGUUCUACCGUUGUGCUCUGAAUUUGGUACAAUGCUGAAUCUGAAACAUCUUGGUUUCAGUGUGAAAAAAAUACAAAAAGCCAGUUUUAGGUUUCUUGCUCAUUUACAACUCAAUAGUCUGUUCUUGGACUUGGAAGGCCUCUCUCAAGAUGAUGUCGGAGUUCUUCCCGUUUUCAACACAAAGAAACUUCAUAUUGUAAGUCCUUCAAAGAGUGAUCUCCAUGUGCUGUCAAAUCUAAGAAUCAGUGCCACAGAAAGCUUGGUUUUGUCCAAUAUCCGAGAGGAACAAAUCAACGACUUAAAUACUUUUUUAGUGAAUCUUAAUAAAAACGCAACAUUACUAAACCUAACAAUGACUAAUAUACAGUGUGACUGGAAAGACUUGGUCUACAUUCUACAAACUGUAUGGGAAUCAUCCGUUGAACAUUUUGUUAUCUCUAAUGGAGGACAACUGGAAGUUCCAAGCACAGUAUAUUUUAAUCACACAAAUACUUCAAUCAAAUCUUUGACAGUUAAGCAGACCAUAUUCACCACAAUUCAUUCUGAACCAACCAGUAUGUAUCGAUUAUUUGCAGAUAUGAACAUUACAGCCUUGACCAUUUCUGAUGCAGGUUUGAUACACAUGCUUUGCCCUUUCCGAUACAGUCAUUUGAAACACUUAAGUUUUUCAAACAAUAGCCUAACGGAUACAGUUUUUGAAAGCUGCAACAACCUUGCCCUUCUUGAAAGCCUUAUUCUUCAAAGGAACAAGUUUAAAAAUCUUUUCAGAGUGAGUUUAAUGACCAGUAACAUGAAGUCCCUGAAAUAUUUGGACAUGAGUAAGAAUUCGCUACAAUACAGAUACAAUAGGAAUAAAUGCCACUGGGGAGAAAACCUAGUUAUACUCAACCUGGCAUCUAACAUGUUGUCAGAAUCUAUCUUUAAAUGCUUGCCACCCAAUCUCCAAAUACUCGAUCUUCAGAGCAACAAUAUCUUAACCAUUCCCAAAGAUACAAUGAAACUGAGGUCUUUAGAAGAAAUUAAUUUGGCAUCAAAUAAACUAGCUGAUCUGCCUGGAUGUCUUACGUUUGAAAGUUUGAGAUUACUGAACGUAGAAAUGAACUCAAUUGUCUCACCAUCUUCUGAGUUCUACCAUUCCUGUCAGAAUACCAAAGAGCUAAAAGCCGGACAAAAUCCAUUCAGAUGCUCCUGUGAAUUAAGACAGUUCAUUAAUCUUGAAGGACAAGGACUUGUGGAGUUGGUUGGUUGGCCUGGUUCCUACAUGUGCUGGUACCCUGAACAUUUAAGGGGAACGAAAUUAAAAGAUUUCCAUGUUUCUGAAAUCUUUUGCAACACUACCCUUCUGAUUACAGUUAUUGCAAUUGCUACUGUUGUUGGAGCAGCCAUUAUAUUUUUUCUGUGUUUCUAUUUCCAUAUCCCGUGGUAUUUGAAGAUGAUAUGGCAAUGGACUCGGGCUAAACACAGGAACUGGAAGAACCAGCCUGAGGCUCCUCUAAACAGCUUACAGUUCCAUGCCUUUGUCUCCUAUAGCGAGCAUGACUCGGAUUGGGUAAAAACUGUCCUGAUUCCAAACCUGGAGAAGGAAGAUGGCUCCAUCCGUAUCUGCCAACAUGAAAGGAACUUUGUGGCAGGGAAGAGCAUUGUUGAGAACAUCAUAGACUGCAUUGAGAAAAGUUACAAGUCAAUCUUUGUAUUGUCUCCCAACUUUGUGCAGAGUGAAUGGUGCCAUUAUGAGCUCUACUUUGCCCAUCAUAAGUUGUUCAGGGAAGAUGUCUAUGGCUUAAUCCUUGUUUUGUUAGAGCCCAUCCCUACCUAUAUCAUUCCUGCCAGGUAUCACAAACUGAAGGCCUUGAUGGCCAAGAGAACAUAUUUGGAGUGGCCAAAGGAGAAGAGCAAGCAUGGACUUUUCUGGGCUAACCUUAGGGCAGCCAUUCAGAUCAAACUUCCUAACAAUGAUGAAAUGGAGGAGUUGUGGAUAAGUUAGGUUGUGUUACCUGAUCUAUUGCAUGAAAUAAUGCCAAUGUGUCUUUUAAAAAAACCAAUAAUUACUGAUCAGAUUUGUUGGUCUAUUUGCCAAACCUACUGGUUGUAGGAAAAUAUGCAGUGGUAGUGAAUUGUGUGCUGGUACUGGUGAACUUCUGGGAGCCUGGCAGGAAUGGGUCUUGGAGGUACUGUUCUGCAAUGGCUCUGGUCCUUUCUGGAGGGUCGUACCCAGAAGGUGUUGUUGUGGGAUACUUGCUCAGUCCCAUUGGCCGCUGUGUCGGGCUGGAUGAGGGUGAACAAAUUGAAAUUGAAUCCAGACAAUAUAGAGGUACUCCUGGUCAGUCACAAGGCCAAACGUUACAGCCUGUGUUGGAUGGGGUUACACUCCCCCUGAAGAUACAAGUUUGCAGCUUGGGAGUUCUUCUGGACUCAUAGCUGAACCUGGAACUCAGGUUUCAGCAGUGGCCAGGGGAGCUUUUGCACAAUUAAAACUUGUGUGCCAGUUGCGCCCAUAUUUUGGGAAGUCUGACUCGGCAACCAUGGUCCAUGCUCUUGUUACAUCUCGAAUAGACUACUGCAGUGCACUCUACAUGGGGUUGCCUUUGAAGACUUUUCGGAAGCUUCAAGUGGUCCAACAAGCAGCAGCCAAGUUUCUUAUUAGUGCAUACAACCCUUCUGCUGCAUCAGCUCCACUGGCUGCCAGUCUGCUACCAAGCACAAUUCAAAGUGCUGGCUUUAGCCUAUAAAGCUUUAAACCAGUAAUUCUCAACCUUCCUAAUGCUGCGACCCCUUAAUAAAGUUCUUCAUGUUGUGGUAACCUCCAACCAUAAAAUUAUUUUCGUUGCUACUUCAUAACUGUAAUUUUGCUACUGCUAUGAAUCGUAAUGUAAAUAUCUGAUAUGCAGGAAGUAUUUUCAUUCACUGGACCAAAUUUGGCACAAAUACCCGAUACACCCAAAUUUGAAUAUUGGAGGGGCGGGGAGUUAGGGUUCAUGCAUUUGUGUUGUCGAAGGUUUUCAUGGCCGGAAUCACAGGGUUGUGUGUUUUCCGGGCUGUAUGGCCAUGUUCCAGAAGCAUUCUCUCCUGACGUUUCACCCAGAUCUAUGGCAGUCCAGUCAUGUCUGACUCUGGGGUUUGGUGCUCAUCUCCAUUUCUAAACCGAAGAGCCAUCGUUCUCCAUAGACACCUCCAAAGUCAUGUGGCCGGCAUGACUGCAUGGAAAUUUAUAGGAAAUUAGUGCAAUAUUUAUAUUUCAUAAGAUUUCUUCUUUUUGAUUUGAGUCUUUGCCUUUUCACAAUAAAUUUAUAGUAAUUAAAAUACUUUCAAUUGCUCAUAUAUAUAUAUUAAAUUUUUCAAUUAGUUGAUGAGCAGAAAAGCCAUUUUCAAAACAACAAUAUUAAUACUCCACCACAGACAUCAGAAGAGCUGCAAGGCCACAAGAAAAGGCCUGCUUCUUGUCAAUGAGAUAGUCAAGUUAAUUAGGAUUGUUGUUGUUGUGUGCCUUCAAGUCAUUUCAGACUUGGGGUGAGCCUAAGUCUAAAACUGAGGGCAGGGACCAGGUAAAUUAUCUUGGAGGGCUGCAUCCGGCUCACAGCCCUUAGUUCGGGGACCCAGCAUCAAGGGAACCAUUGGCCACAUACCUUAGGCAAGCUGAUGAAGAAACACAACCUGCAAACUAUCUACAGAUCCACUAAGAAAAUCCAACAAAUGCUACAUUCACCAAAGGACAAGAGGGAUCCUCUCACCUCUGCAGGAGUCUACCCUAUACCAUGCAGCUGUGGACAAGGUUACAUAGGGACCACCAAACGCAGCAUUGCUCAAACAUGAAUCAAGGAACAUGAAAGUCACUAACUCAACCAGAGAAGUCAGCCAUAGCAGCGCAUUUGAUGAACCAACCUGGAUACAUAUUUUGGAGAACACAGAAAUGCUGGACCACUCUCACAACCACCAUGUCAGACUACACAGAGAAGCCACCGAAAUCCAUAAGGUAGUGGACAAUUUCAAAAGAAAGGAGGAAACCAUGAACAUGAACAAAAUCUGGCUACCAGUAGAGUCUCACUUAUGCAACAUAAACGAGCCGGCAGAACGUUGGAUAAGCGAAUAUGUCGGAUAAUAAGGAGGGGUUAAGGAAAAGCCUAUUAAAUGUCAAAUUAGGUUAUGAUUUUACAAAUUAAGCACCAAAACAUCAUGCUAUACAACAAAUUUGACAGAAAAUGUAGUUCAAUGCGCAGUACUGCUAUGUAGUAAUUACUGUAUUUGCGAAUUUAGCACCAACAUAUCACAAUGUAUUGAAACAUGGACUACAAAAAUGCCAAAUUUGGCACAAAUACCCGAUACACCCAAAUUUGAAUAUUGGAGGGGCGGGGAGUUGGGCGGUUGAUUUUGUCAUUUGGGAGUUGUAGUUGCUGGGAUUUAUAGUUCACCUACAAUCAAAGAGCAUUCUGAACUCCACCAAUGAUGGGAUUGAACCAAUUUUGGCACACAGAACUCCCAUGACCAAAAGAAAAUACUGGAAGGUUUUGAUGGGCAUUGACUUUGAGUUUUGGAGUUGUAGUUUACCUACAUCCAGAGAGCACUGUAGACACAAACAAUGAUGGAUCUGGACCAAACUUGGCACGAAUACGCAAUAUGCCCAAAUGUAAACAUUGGUGGUGUGAGGAAAAUAGACCUUGAAGAGAAGGACAGGCGGAGAGAUCUUCAGCCUUUUCCGCCAAAGGAGUUCCUAAGACCAUCAGAAAUGUAUGUUUUCUAAUGGUCUUUGGUGACCCCUUUGACAUCCCCCUCGUGACCCCCCUGGGGUCCCAACCCCUAGAUUGAGAAACACUGCCCUAAAUGGUUCUGGUCCAGCUUACCUGUCCGAACGUAUCUCCCUUUAUGUUAAGAUCGGCUGGGAAGGUUCUGUUUCUGAUCCCUUGGCCUUCGCAGGUGCGAUUGGCAGGGAUGAAAGACAGGGCUUUUUCUGUGGUGGUCCCUUAGCUGUGGAACUCCAUCCCUAGUGAGAUUAGAUCGGUCCCCUCCCUCCUUGUGUUCAGGAAGAAACUUAAAACUUGGUUAUGCACGCAGGUGUUUGGCGAGUGAUAAUAUCGCAGUAUAACCCCUAAAUGAAGCAGCUAAAUGACGGCAAUGGGAAUGGUGCAAUGUUAAUAUCCUCUAUGUUUUAGGUGAUGACGUUUUUAUUUAUAGUAUUUUAAUAGUUUAAUUCAUAUUUGUAUGUUAUUGAUUUUAGUUUAAUGUUAUGUAUUGCUUUUAUAUGUAUGCAUAUUGGCAGCAUUGAAUUUUUGCUAUGUUGUACACCGUUCUGAGUCCUCCUCGGAGUGAGAGAGAGCGAUACAGAAAUGCAGUAAAUAAAUACAUUAAUAAAUAUUAACAUGAUCAAGUUAAAACAAAUAUGCAUUCCUUUGAUCUAGUAGAAAAUAUCCAUAUUUUAAGAGACUUAAAAUCAUUCCUUGCAUAUCCACCCCUGAGAUAAUUCAAAUAAAUAAUACAGGUUGCCUUCUUACGUGGCUGCCUUAUUUACUAUCUGGAGCUUUGUUAUGUGGCAUUUGAUAUCAUGGAAUCUCAUGAAAAUGCUUCUGUUGUUUGGAAGGCAAUAGCACAUUCAAUGGUCUAGAGAUGUUUAUUUGUCUUGACUACAUGACAUCUGAACUCUAGAGUCUGACAAGGUUCCAUGUCUCCUGUGCUUUUUUAAAUACGUAUACGAAGCCUCUGGGUACAGUUAUCAGAGGAUAAUGGAGUGACAUAUUCUCAUCAUGUUGUUGACAGGCUCCCAUGUACCUCCUCCUCAUUUGAAGUAGGUGAGGAUGUGCCAAUAUCAAUUGGUGCCUGGAGAUGGUAAUGAAAGAGGACUAAACCAUUAGGCACUGAAGACUUUAAAGAAAAAGACACAUUUCAACAUGAUGUAAAAAGAAAACCAGCAUUUGUACUAAUCAAGCCUUUAAGGGGAAGGCAUUUCACAAUAAAGUGGGCCUAUCCCAUGUCUUCACACAAUGCACAACCAGCCCUCCGUAUUUGCGUAAAACUUUUGCAGAUCUGAUUAAUAUGUUGCCUCUAGGGAUUUUGAGAUCCUCCAGUAUGACUUCCGCCAGAUAUAGAAAAUUAUAGGGAGGUGUUCUAUUAGGUAAAAAAAUAGUGCAUUUUAAAUUCACUAUUUUUCUGUUUCUGUGGGAAUCCUGUGCUCCUAAUACCAGUUAAAGUAUUAUUGCCUCUUGAUGGUGGAACACCAAAGAGGGUUCCCCCAGCAGACUUCAAUCACCAGAAUAUCAUAUAUAUAUAAAUAUAUAUAGAUAGAUAGAUAGAUAGAUAUAGAUAUAGAUAUAGAUAUAGAUAUACAUCAUUUUUACCCUGCCCUUCUCACCCGGAGGGAGUCAGGGCAGCUUACAACAGUCGGCAAAUUACAUUGCCCAAAAUACAUUCAAUAAAAUAAUGACAUAUUAAUAAACAAUAAAACAGUGUAUAUAUAUAUGGAGAGAGAGAGAGAGAGAGAGAGAGGUGGUCUACUUCAAACACCAAAGCAUUAAAUGUUAUCAUCUGCAUAUGGAUUAAGCAAACUGCAUUCUGUGGAGCCCUAUGCCAAAAAAGAAUGUAAAACCUUGUAAGAUUUUAGAUUCUACAACACCCUUUUUGUUUAAUACAGUAGCAAAGGAGUUCAGAGUGCUCUUUGAUUGCAGGUGAACUAUAAAUCCCAGUACCUACAACUCCAAAAUGUCCACCAGUAUUCAAAUUUGGGCAUAUCAGCUAUGUUUGUCAAGUUUGGUCCAGAUCCAUCAUUGUUUGGGUUCACAGUGCUCUCGGGAUAUAGGUGAACUUCAACUCCUAUAAAUCCCUCCAAAGAUUUCCAGUAUUUUUUGUUGCUCAUGGGGGAUCUAUAUGCCAAGUUAGUUCCAGGUCCAUCAUUGGUAGGGUUCAGAGUGCUCUUAUAUUGCAGGUUAACUAUAAAUCCCAGUACCUACAACUCCUAUAAAUCAUGGUGAAUUCCCCCAAAACCUCUCUAGUAUGCUUAGUUGCUGAUCAAUUCCUCUCUGCUGUGUGCCAUAGAAAAGGCAGUAGGAGAGGCAGUGAGCGGGGUCAUGCAAAUUCCACACCAACGGAAAGAGUAAGAAACACUGGGAUGUCCAUGGUGGAGGAAAAACAGAAAAUCUAGGAUGAAAUUGUCCCCGAAUGAAAGCCUUCACUUGGGUGGUGGGCAGUAUGGUGUUUGUGGAGGACAUUGGCAUGGCUCUUGGACAUGUCUUCAAUGACAUUGGAGGAAAGGUCAUUGGUGGCUCCUGAGUAGCGGGAGUUAUAGCUGUUUGUGGAGGUGGGAGCCUGUGUAAGUGUCCACCUCAGCCACACACAUACAUACAUUUUUCACUUUUAUUUUGUAUAUAGAUGUAACACGAUUUUUACUCCUGGGUUAUAAAUGUUGUUUCCUAAUUGGUUCUAUCAUAAAACAUGGAAAAAGUUUAUUAAGCUGCAAUAACUUUGUUUUAGCGGGACAUCCUGCAGCACAUUUUGCUAUCGUUUUUCAAUGAAUAUCAUAUUGAGUCUCAACCAAUUCAACAUAGUUUGUGGCAGACACAAAAAGGAAGUUUCUGGAGUAUAACAACUGCCACACAAUUAAACAGGAAACACUUUCAAACCAGGAACAGAAUUUUUUUCAAAUUUUGUUACAUAGUGUUACCACAUCAAAACUGGAGGUUGCAGGGUCACAUUGCAAUGCUUAGAAUAAGGUGCAUAUUCACAUAAAGUUAGACUGGGACCUCUACCGUAUAUGAAUCUAAGACCCCUUCCGCACAGCUAAAUGAAAUCCUAUAUUAUCCGCUUUGAACUGGAAUAUAUGGCAGUGUGGACUCAGAUACCACAGUUCAAAGCAGAUAUUGUGGGAUUUUCUGCCUUGAUAUUCUGGGUUAUAUGGCUGUGUGGAAGGGCCCUAAGAGAUAUCCUUUUGUGAGAAAAGGUUGCCUUUUGAUAUUCUCCCCCAUCCUUUCUACUGUUUUAUCUUCUUUUGAAAUAGAUUGGUUGAGACUCAAUGUGACAUUCAUUGAAAAACUAUGCUAUGAAAGGAUAUGUAAAUCAAAUGCUGGCUACAAGAAUAAAAUUAUUUCCAAAGAAGAAGUGCUACCAGAGACACUCAAGUGAUUUCUUGUAACUUGCAGUUUAUUUUUAGCUCACAAGAGAGCAGUAAGAACAAGUAUGAAGCUAUUUAAUUUGGUCAUGAUGAAGUUUUUCAGAAAACACAGUUUUUUAUUGACCAUCGGUUGGAGUCUUUACAGUACGUUUUUCAAGCUGACAAAUUUAAUAAUCCAGAAAACCAGAGGCCUUGUGUGUUAGUUUUAAUUCAAAGUUUUCUUUCAAAUUGAAUUAUUAACGGUAGAGACCAUUUUCUGCCAUUUCUUUGAAAGGCCUAACAUGGACAUGGGCCGUAGUGGCACAAUGGAUUAAACCCUUGUGCUACUGAACUGCUGACCUGAAGGUUGGCAGUUCGAAUCUGCGAGAUGGGGUGAGUUCCCAUCUGUCAGCCCUACUUCCUGCCAACCUAGCAGUCUGAAAACAUGCAAAUGUGAGUAGAUAAAUAAGUUUUGAAAACAUUUUGUAAGAGCUUACACAGGUUGCUUAAACAGGUUGAGCAUCGUUUAACUGCUGGGAUUCCAAAAUCACCCACAAUCUGAAAUUAUCCAUAUGAGUGAUUGAGAUGGUAACACUUUUGCUUUCUGAUGGUUCACUGUACACAAACCUGUUUCAUUUAUUUUAAAAAUAUAUAAAAAUUUCUUUCAGGCUAUGUGUAUAAAAUGUAUAUGAAUCAUAUAUGAAAUUUCAUAUUUAGGCUUAGUCCUAGAUCUCCAAGAUGUCUCAUUAUGAAUGUAUUGUAUAUGCAAAUAUAGGUAUUUCAAAAUCCGGGGACGAGAUAGGACAUCCACAUCUUAAGCACUUCUUAUCACUAAUUAUUGUAGAUAAGGAAUACUCAACCUGUAAAUGAAGAUUUAUAUCAAA